UUCAUCCCUUCGGUAUUUCGUAUCAUUUGUCUCCGAUAGUGGUUGUUUGCCGACGCACGCCAGUCUUAUCAUUAUACGCUGUGUCAGCGCUGUAUAGUGAGUAGAAAAGCACCAAAAACCUGAUGAAGGAUAUAACAUAAUCUUUUUGUGUGGAACACCUAUCAAAGAUUAGCAGAUUAGAAAACGAUUGGUUAGGCACUUAAAACUCGAAAACGAAUCUAGCUCUGCAGGAUUUCAUUACAUCGCACCAAAUUCUAGUCCUGAUAACACGCAAAAUGUAUCAAAAGCGAUUGAUGAGAAUUGUAUAUCUGUUAAUUUUCAUGAUUGUACUUAUCCUUCUUUAUAAAAGUUUUUCGAAUGCACCGAGUAUAGCGAAUGAUGCACAGGAAGAUUCAGCGCUUCGACCAUCGGAUUCUCCUGUCUACGUCAUGGUGUUCUACGAGGCCCUCUGUCCUGAUUCUAAAAAUUUUAUUCUUAAGCAACUACAUCCAACGUUUGUCCGCGCCCCUAGCUUAAUAGACAUCCAAUUUGUACCUUACGGGAAAGCAACGACCAGUACUAACUCGGAUGGUUCUCUAGCCUUUGACUGCCAGCAUGGUCCCAUCGAAUGCGAAGCAAACAUCAUUCACGCGUGUGUGGUCGAAGCUGUCCACGAUGCCAGAACGCGCCUGAACAUGGUUGCGUGCAUGAUUCGUGAUAAUAUGAUACCGAAGGAUGCUUUCUAUCGGUGUGCCAAAGAACAUGCGGUUGAAAUUGAAUCGAUCCAGAAAUGUUAUGACAGUCUCCACGGGGCGGAACUACUCAAGCUGCACGGAGAAGCCACUCAUGCUCUGCGGCCUGCCGUCUCCUUCAUUCCAACAAUUACACUCGACGGACAGCAGGGACGACAAGCUUCCAUUCUAAAAGACUUGUUCGGUGAGAUAUGUAAGGUAGCCUCCGGCCGGGGGCCGAAACCGGUUGUGUGCGAAUGAUAGCAAAUGGUGUUGUACUCGAUUAAUCGUUUCUUCCGAAACGAACUGUACGAGGAGUUCCGACAGAUUCCAAUGCGCAUCCAGCGCUCGGUUCUACUGCUGUUGCAGUAGAUUAAUUGCAAUUAAAACUGAACACAACGAUGAUUCCCUCCAAAGAACCUUAUUUGAAACAUCGAUUCAGUUGGUUGAUGUAAUUAGAAUGAUUGUUUUUGUUAGUUUUGCUCAAAGUUUUCCAUGUAUGAUUACCUCUAGUUGAACGUAUUACAGUUGAGAAGCACAUUUAUAUAAACUAGAAAAUCUAUGCACUAUAUUCACAUUCUAGGGUCGAAAAAAUUCUUGUGUCCAGCAUACCAAAAUCACUAAAAAUGGUGAUUUGCAUUCCAAUAUCAUAAAAAUCUUAGAAACAAGUACCUAGAAGCUAGUAGUGAAUGAUAUUGUGAACCGUAGCAUUGAUGGAUAGUAUUAGAUUAUAGUAUGAUCUAGAAGAUCUUUAGCAUGAAGCAAGAAGUCAGCAAAAUUUCGUAGCUUGACCACGACGACUUCAGGAGAUAGGCAGCAUCUAACCUUAUCGAUAUAAAAAAAACCAUCGUUAGUAUCAUUUAAGAAAGGCGUGUUUCAUGAUAGCUCAAUCGUUUAAAGUAUCAAUUAUCGUGUUUAGGGGGUAGAUCGUACUGAUUAAAUGAGGAUAAGAAUUAAAAUACUUUAAAUAAAAUUUACUAAAAUCAA